GAGCGACCGCAGUGUACACCGUCUCCACGUUUUGGCAAAGGAGGCAGCGUCGUCGUCGUUGCCGGAGUGCACGAGGAUUUUCAUUUACGCCGUUUAACGACGCACGACAAUCAGUCAGCUGGGGACGCGACUCCGUCGUGCUCCCUUCUCCCCCCGUCCCCCCCGCCGACUCGUCGCCCACUCUGUCGUCGGCCCGUGAUCCGGAAGGGCCUGCGAUACGAAGCGGGAUACGUCGUAUCAAGGAUCUCGAAGGGAUUCUCGACAGUGGGAGAAGGACGCGUCGUCGUCGUCGCUGUCGAUCGACCGCGCGCUGGCGAGAUUUUCAUCCCGCGUUUCUGAGCCCGAAGGGGGGCCAUCCGCUCGUCAAAGUGACGCCGCUCUUUCUCCUUGAUGUGUACGACGACGACGACGUGGCGGAGGACGGUCGUCACGGGUAGUCACGCGGUCGACGCUCUCGCCGUCGGUGCUAGCGCAUCAGAGUCGAGUGACACCUAGCACGAGGAGCGCUCGCUCGGACGCAGCGGACGCUACGGGGAUUGGCGAGUCACGGAACGACGAUCCUCCCCCAAGUGUCGGUGGUGGUGUUUCUAAAUGUUGCUUUCGCUCGUGGCCGCGUUGGUGCUUCGACGUGACAACCUGUACUGACCACGCACGCGCCAAGUAGUUGGAUUAAACCCGACGUGGACCGUCCACGGUGCCAGUUUCUUCCUCGUUCUUCGUAGGACACGAGAUUCGCUUCUUCUCCGUCGUGCCUCGCGAGUUAAUCCGACACACACGUCGCUCGUUCGACCGGAUCGGUCGGCUGAUCCUCUCUGCGAGAUCGACGACACGUGGACUCGGAUCACACAGAUCGCUCUUAGCUCACGUGGUCGUCUGACGCGUACCGGCGGCGCUCGUGGCCGCGCAAUCGCGACUCUCGCGUGUACUGUGCGUUCAGUUUACUCGUCGCGGGUGGUUUCGUGCGUCAGACGGUGGAUUCUCCCACACGCUCGCGAGUAAAGCACUCGGUGUUCAUGGUGCCUCUGAGCACGCUCGGUGUAAUCCGCGCACGGACGUGAACUGUACUCGGUGAGUAGUGAUUCUCUUGCGUGGACAGGCAUUGUUUACGCGAGGCGACGACGUCGUACUUGACUCCGUUGGUGGAUCACGUUCCCGCGAGCGAACGUUCAUGUCGCGAACGGAAGGAGAGGGAUGACGGCGUAUCACCGUCGCGAUUCCGUUCAAGCGGACGACGAGGACUCUUGAAGAACGACGACUCGCGAGCGCAACCGUGACUGCGGGACACGAGACACGGGGGCUCAUUUGUGGCUUGCGAUUCUUCGUAGGACUUCCGGGAUCCGCAAGCACGCGGAAUCAAGCAGGCAGCGUGGAGCGCUCGGCGAUUGUGUGGCCGCGCGCCGCGGACCUUUAUCUCUAUCAGCCAGGCUGUGCGUUCCUCACCUACUACAGCCGUGACAGCGCAAUCAGCGCCCAGAACGCUCUGCAUGAGAAGCGGACUUUACCAGGGGGUGUGAGGGGCGACCGGCUGGCCGGGGGCGCCGCACACCUCCUCCACCUCUUCUUCUUCUUGCCACGACCACAACACACAAUGUAACAACAACAACAACUACUACUACUACUACUACUAGUGUCGUCCGCGCGAACCACGUUCUCAAUGUACUCGAUGUGAUGAACCGUCCUAUUCAAGUGAAGCCGGCGGACAGUGAAAACCGCGGAGAGUGCAUGAUGGACGACGGGAGCGCCAGUGCCAUCUUCUGGAAGUAGGAGGCACCGGUGGCGGCCGCUGAAGACAGAAAGCUGUUCGUUGGUAUGCUAAGCAAGCAACAAACUGAAGACGAUGUCCGACAGUUGUUCACUGCCUUCGGCACAAUAGAGGAGUGCACCAUCCUUCGCGGACCCGACGGAAGCAGCAGAGGCUGUGCAUUCGUGAAACUCUCGUCGCACCAAGAAGCACUGGCGGCGAUAAACUCUCUACACGGUAGCCAAACUAUGCCGGGUGCGUCAUCCAGCAUAGUGGUAAAAUUCGCAGACACUGAUAAAGAGAGACAACUAAGACGCAUGCAGCAAAUGGCCGGGAACAUGAGCCUCCUUAACCCCUUCGUCUUCAAUCAGUUCGGCGCUUACAACGCUUACGCUCAGCAGCAAGCGGCGCUCAUGGCAGCCGCGACCGCACAGGGAACGUACAUCAAUCCAAUGACCGCAUUGGCCGCUGGACAAUUGCCGCAUGCAUUGAACGGCAUGCCAAACCCCGUGGUCCCACCAACUUCCGGUUUGCUCGUAGGUACCGGCACAGGGCAACCGGUUAACGGGGCGAUACCGUCGUUACCGUCGCCAACGAUGCCGAAUUUUAACAUGGCUGCUCAGACGCCGAACGGCCAGCCGGCAGGCUCGGAUCCAGGUGUCUACACCAACGGCAUACCGCAGACUUAUGCGGGACAUGCCCUCCAUCUGUCCAUUCCAGCGCAGGGGCUACCCAACGGGGAGGCGGCACUUCAGCAUGCCGCCGCGUAUUCUGGAAUGCAGCCUUAUGCUGGAGUGGCCGCUUACCCCGCCGUCUACAGCCAGUUUCCUCAGGCUAUUCCUCAGCCGAUGACCGCGGUGGCGCCCACGCAGAGGGAAGGAUGCUCUAUCUCAGGACCCGAGGGCUGCAACCUGUUCAUCUACCACCUGCCCCAGGAGUUUGGUGACGGCGAGCUCAUGCAGAUGUUCCUCCCGUUCGGCAACGUUAUCUCCUCCAAAGUCUUCAUCGACCGGGCGACCAACCAGAGUAAAUGCUUCGGUUUCGUGUCGUUCGAUAAUCCAGCGAGCGCGCAAACAGCGAUCCAAGCGAUGAACGGCUUCCAAAUAGGGAUGAAACGAUUAAAAGUCCAGUUGAAGAGGCCCAAGGAUGCCAGCCGGCCAUACUAACCCACGUCCUAGCCUAGAAAAUCUGGACGGGUCGCCCCCUACGUCAUAACUUACAGAAUGUCGUACGAGAACGUGAGCUCGAUGGACGCUCGACGAUCAGGAGUGACGAGUUUGAAUCACCGUUACAACGCUCUCCACCGUAACAACUUAGUAUACUAGCUAGUUAAUUCAUUAGAGGGUAACAAUUUAGACGUCACUAGGACAAAAAAAAACAACGCCUUCAAUGUCGUCGAAGUCUCGCGCGGCGACGACGGCGAAGAGGCUGAAGCGAGAAGCGAUGAAGGAUGUUCUGCGCUGAACCCAGCCCGAGAGAAGAAGAAGAAGAAGAAGAAUCGGAAGAGAGGAGGAGACGCGGCACGCUAAAAUAACGUUCCCCAGAUGCUCGGAUAAUCGGAAUCCUCCGUCGACGGGCGACAUCGGCUUUACCCUUUCUCCCUUCACCUUCACUCUCACUUUCGCGAAUCUGCAUGUUUCUUUCUGUCCUUCGCGAGUUUAGCCUCUGUCCCUACUGCCAGGUGAGAGAUUACGUUCGGGCUCGUGGACGAGCGUGCGGCGGAACAUGAGCACUUGGAGGAUCUGACCAUCCUGGGAUGAUCUGCCGGAAGUCCGAGCUGGCCGAGCUCGUCGUUCCGAGCGAUACACGGCCACGGCGUCGCGACGUCGCAAUCAUCAAUCGACAAUAGCUAUCACGAAAUAUCCCGUCGAAAACACGCCUCCAGGACUCUCGUCGUGUUCGUCGCAAGUCCGACAGCGCAACAAUAUACCAUGUGCGCAACCGCUAGGCAAGUAGAUCAGAGCCGGACUGUAAGCACGUGGACCGAUCGAUCCUCAAGAGGUUCCGAUCGUACUGGAUCGUCGCGUCUGUCGAUCGAGACGAAACAGCUCGGAGCGACCAGCAACGCGAGAGGCCGACGAAUCCUUUUGUAUCGCACGAGGCGAACGGUACCGGCGACGAAGACGAACAUGAAUCAGUUGAUGCCCGUGGGAGCGACGAAAGUAACAGAGAAACGCAAACUCGUCCCGACCGCGCGGACGAGAAGGUCUACAUCUCUCUCCCAAAAAGACAAAUGUCAAUCAUAUACAUUAUACAGGGUGCUCCUCUGACAACUUCGCGUUUGAAAACUUUGAAAAAAAGAAAACGAUGAAAAAAAAGAAAAAAAAAAAAAGAGAAAAACGCAGGGAAUCAACCGGCGAACGUGGGCUCAGCGCCGAUCCGACAUCACCGCCGGAUAUCGGUUCUCCUUAACGUUUAAGGUUUAAACACAUACGGCGCGCUGUAGGUUUUAUAUACCGCAGGUAGAAGAGGAGGAGCCGGGUUCGCGCGACGCGCACCGAGAGGCGGGGGCGGACAAGCCACAUCCCGGAUUCUCUCUCGCGCGCGCGCGUGCUCGUUCUUCCGGUAAUAGCACUUAUUACUACUAUGGUUAUGGUGAUUAUCAUUGUAAUUAAUCGCUAAGUAAGUGACGCGCGAGUUUCCGGCCGAAAGUAAUAACCUACUCCGUUGUGGUUCCUGCGCGAGCACCGAGAUGGGAGGAAUCGCGUACGGGCGCGAUCGCGAUCGCGAUCGCCUCGCCCGCGAUUGAUUCCGUAGCUCGGUGAUCUAUGGAUCGACGAUCGACGGAUGGCUUCGACCGAUCGGUUAAGCACCGCCCGGGAAAUGUCAAUCAGGCUGUGAUUGUCCAAAACGAGAAGCGAGCGCGACGUCAGACAGGAUGAUGAUGUCGCCAACGACGGUCCUCUUUAUGUUUCGAUGUAGCUCCGAUAAUACGAUACGAUACGAUAUAUAAGAAGGAUGCGCUUUUUCAUUUCUGGAAAUAGAAAAAAGUAAAAGAAAAGUAAAAAAAAUUGAGAAAGAGAGAGGAUAGGAAGAAGAGAGGAGCGAGAUAACUAAAGAGAGUGAUAGAUAUAGUCACAUUGCAUAAAACACUCGUCUUAGAAACGCUUCAUCUAUUCCUGAGCCGCGCGAAAGGAUGUAAGAAAGUUUCUUUUUAUUAUAUUUGUGUGACUGUCUUUCGAACGUAACGAGUUGAGUUUGGAACGAAUCGGGAUGAUUUACGUGCAAUGAUUUAACUAAUCCGCUUUGCGUUUAAUUCGCGUAUUGGCCGGCAUUUUAAUGAUGAGGCCAGAUCUCGGACGUAGAAUAGGGACGCAUUUUCCGGGAGGAAAGAAAUCGCGCUGCCGGGUGCAGGUUCGAUGUACGCCUGUCGAUCAAUCGUGUAUGCGUGUUCAUGCGGAAUUCCUGUGACUGAAAUAGACAAAACAUUGAACAUUUCGCGCGCGAUGCCCGGUCGGAUGCGCAGAGCGUCGCAGGGCGAUUUGUACGAACAUUCGCAGAA